CAGAUUUUAUUGCUCUGACUGAAAGUGUCAUAUGACUACUGGCUGGAAUUAAGAUUCUUCAUCUUGUCUCUAACUGAAGAAGCAUUGAUUGGAAACCACUCACUCAGAAAAUUAAAAGACAGAAGCCAGAACACAUUACUAACCUUCUGAGAACACGACACAACCAACUUUACUAUUUUGCCACCUCCCUGAAUAGUUGCAGAAGUUACAGAGCUUUGAAGAAUGGCUGAUGAACGGAAAGAUGAAGCAAAGGCACCUCACUGGACCUCAGCCCAACUAACAGAGGCAUCCGCACAUCCCCAUCCUCCUGAGAUUAAAGAUCAAGGCGGGGCAGGGGAGGGACUUGUGCGAAGUGCCAAUGGAUUCCCAUACCAGGAGGAUGAAGAGGGUGCCUUUGGCGAGCAUGGGUCGCAGGCCACCUAUUCAAAUACCAAAGAGAAUGGAAUCAACGGGGAGCUGACCUCAGCGGACAGGGAAACAGCAGAGGAAGUGUCUGCAAGGAUAGUUCAAGUAGUCACCGCUGAGGCUGUAGCAGUCCUGAAAGGAGAACAAGAGAAAGAAGCUCAGCAUAAGGAACAGCCUGCAGCUCUGCCUUUAGCAGCUGAAGAGACAGUUCAUCUGCCUCCUUCUCCACCCCCAUCACCAGCUUCAGAACAGACUGUCCCAGUGGAGGAAGAAGAAGAAACGCUAGAGGGUCCGGUGCCUGAGGAAGAGAAACCUGCAGCUCUUCCUGGGAAAGAGUGUGAGGCUGCUAAGUCCUCAGUUCAACCCACAGGCCUCAGUGAAGGCCACGUGGAGCUUAGUGCGGAGGCCCAAAUAGUUCCUGAAGAGAGUUCCCCAGCAGGGGCCCUGCAGGAGGAAAGUGUAAAAGAGAUCAUGGAGGUGUCUCCAGAAGUAGAAACCCCUUCCUCUGCCAGGGAAGAUUUACUUACAGCCUCGAAGAUGGUGUUUCCAGAUCAGAAGGAGUUGACUCCCUCUAAAACCGAUCCCUUAGACAAGCAGGAAGAAGAGUUCAAGAAACAAAGUAAGCCUGGUGAAGACCUUCAACAUGCAGCCUUAGUUUCUCAGCCUGAGACAGCCAAAACUUCCCCUGAUGCAAAGGACAUGAAAGACACAGAAGAAGAAAAAGUACCUCUUGCUCUAUUUGGGCAUGCUGUUGGUGACAGCCUCGAUGACAUGAAACAAAAGGCAGAACCAAGCAUAGUAAUUCCUGGCAUCGGCCUUCAUGCGGAGCCCUCAGCUCCAAAAGAGCAAAAGGACUGGUUCAUUGAAAUGCCAACAGAAGCCAGAAAGGAUGAGUGGGGUUUAGUUGCUCCAGUAUCUCCCGGCCCCCUUACACCCAUGAGGGAAAAAGAUGUACUUGAGGAUAUCCCUAAAUGGGAAGGGAAACAGUUCGAUUCUCCGAUGCCAAGUCCCUUUCAAGGUGGAAGCUUCACUCUUCCAUUAGAUGUCAUGAAGAAUGAAAUAAUCACAGAAACAGUGCCACUUACUCCUGCCCUCUUACAGCCAGAUGAUAAAAAAUUUCUACAAGAAACCAGUGGCCCAGCUACAGCCAAGGACAGUGCCAAAGUGGAAGAGCCACAUAGGGAUGAACCUGACGAAGUGGCAGAAGGACAGGGUUCCGAGGCAAUUACCUUACCCAAAGACACCCUUGUUAAUGCUGUGGAAGAAAGUGUCAUAGUGAAAGUUUCAGGGGAAGAAAAGGAAGCCAGCGUUCAAGAGACUGAGCAGAUAAAGGAGAUUCCUACCCCCAGUGGACAGGAACCUACAUUUUCUGGAAAUGAAAUCCAGCUGAAGUUCGAAAAGUCUAUUUUUGACAAAGAGCCAAUACCAAAAGACAAUGAACCUCUAAAGCUCGGAGAUGGAGAGACGGGUGUGAUGCAGACCUCCACUGAUCACACAAUAUCUAAAGAAGAGCAGAGAGGUCAAGAGACUUCCACAGAUGCAUUAAAACAGGAACCGUUCCCUGUCGACUUGCAGCAAGCAGUUACAGAUUCAGCAGUCACCUCUAAGACCUUGGAAAAUGUCAUGACUGAGCCAACUGCACUAAAUGAGAAAAGUGUAAUCCAGGAACUUUUGGAAGAGAAAGUUGCAGACAAAGGUAAGAUUGAAGGAGCAGGGGCUGCAGCAUCAGCUGAACUUGACUUGUCAUUUUACGAAGAUAAGUCUGGAAUGUCCAAGUACUUUGAAACAUCUACCUUGAAAGAAGUGACUAAAAGCGUUCAGUUGAGCAGUGACUACUAUGAACUAAGCGACACAAGAGAAAGUGUCUGUGAGUCUGCAGACACCGUAUCUUCCACACACAAAACUGAUGACAAGGAGCUUCAGGCAGGCAAAGAGUCCCAACCCGGUGCUCCAGCACAAGAAGCUGGUUACAGUACACUUGCACAGACUUACCAACCCGAUCUUCCUGAAGAACCCAGCUCUCCUCAAGAAAGGAUGUUCACUAUCGAUCCAAAAGUAUAUGGAGAGAAAAGAGAUCUUCACAGUAAGAAUAAGGAUGAUCUGACACUCAGCAGGAGUUUAGGACUCGGGGGUAGGUCUGCCAUAGAACAAAGAAGCAUGUCAAUCAAUCUGCCCAUGUCCUGCCUGGAUUCCAUAGCUCUCGGAUUUAACUUUGGUCGGGGGCAUGACCUUUCUCCUCUGGCUUCUGAUAUUCUAACCAAUACUAGUGGAAGCAUGGAUGAAGGGGAUGAUUACCUUCCAGCCACCACACCUGCCUUGGAGAAGGCCCCUUGCUUCCCAGUGGAAAGCAAAGAGGAAGGAAAGCCCAGUCAGGAGGAAAAAGCUGCCAGAGAAGAAAAUGCUCCAGUCGAAAUAUCCCCCGAGCCUCCAGCUGUAGCCAAAGAGUAUUACAAAAAUGGUACUGUCAUGGCCCCUGACCUACCUGAAAUGCUGGAUCUGGCAGGCACAAGGUCAAGAUUAGCUUCUGUGAGUGCAGACACUGAGGUCACCAGAAGGAAAUCAGUCGUCUCAGAGACUGUGGUUGAGGAGAGUAGUCCUGGUUUGCCUCCUGUAACUGAUGAAAACCAUGUCCUGGUGAAAACAGACAGCCAGCUCGAAGAUAUGGGCUACUGUGUGUUUAAUAAAUACACAGUUCCUCUUCCAUCACCUGUUCAGGACAGUGAGAAUUUAGCAGGCGAUAGUGGCUCCUUUUAUGAAGGCACUGAUGAUAAGGUUCGGAGAGAUUUGGCCACUGACUUGUCCUUGAUAGAAGUAAAAUUGGCAGCUGCUGGAAGGGUCAAAGAGGAGUUCGGGGUUGAGAAAGAAGCAUCUCAACUUGUCGCCGGUGACAAGUCUGGACCAGGCAGGGAAUUCGACCAGGAGAGGAAAGUGAAUGAUAAGCUUGAUACUGUUCUAGAAAAGAAUGAAGAACAUGUUGAUUCAAAAGAAUAUGCCAAGGUAGCAGAAGAGGCUGAUAAUAAAGUUGAAACAUUUGGAUUAGCAGUAACCCAUGAACAAGCUCCAGGCAAAGAACCAGCAGUAUCAAAAGAAGCUCCAUCUGAGAAAGCACAGAAAGGCCUUAGUUCAGUGCCAGAGGUAGCUGAGGCAGAACCCCUCAAACAAGCUGAACCAGACAUGGAUGUUGCUGCAAAGAUAGAUGAUCAGGGUCAACUGGAUGUCAAAAUCAGUGAUUUUGGACAAAUGGCUGCAGGGCUAAAGGCAACAGAGGUUAAAUUGGAAGCUUCCCAGGCAGUGACCCCAACAUCGAAAAUAACUCAGGAGGCAGAUGCAUUUAUGAGUGUAGAAUCUGGUCACGUGAAAGAAGGUACCAAAGUGAGUGAAACAGAAGUCAAGGAGAAGGUGGCCAAACCUGACUUGGUCCACCAGGAGGCUGUAGACAAAGAGGAGUCCUAUGAGUCUAGUGGUGAGCAUGAAAGUCUCACCAUGGAAUCCCUGAAACCUGAAGAGGGCAAGAAGGAAACAUCUCCAGAAUCAUCUCUAAUCCAAGAUGAGAUUGCCCUCAAAUUGUCAGUGGAGAUACCUUGCCCACCUGCUGUUUCGGAGGGUGACUUAGCCACAGAUGAGAGAGCCGAGGUCCAGAUGGAAUUUAUUCAGCUGCCGAAAGAAGAGAGCAAAGAAACCCCAGAUAUAUCCAUCACACCCUCUGAUGUUACAGAGUCAAUGCCUGAUGCUGUUGUGCCUGAACCAGCAGAGGCACCAAGUGAGGAGGAAGAGAUAGAAGCCCGGGGAGAAUAUGACAAGCUGCUCUUCCGCUCAGACACCCUUCAGAUUGCUGACCUUGGUAUCCCAGGUGUCAAGGAAGAACUUGUGGAGACAUGCCACGGUGAACACAAAGGAGUCAUUGAAUCCGUGGUGACCAUCGAGGACGAUUUCAUUACUGUCGUGCAAACCACAACUGAUGAAGGGGAGUCCGGGUCCCACAGUGUACGAUUUGCAGCCCUAGAGCAGCCUGAGAUGGAAAGGAGGCCAUCCCCUCACGAUGAAGAAGAGCUGGAAGUAGAAGUGGCAGCUGAAGCCCAGGCAGGACCCAGGGAUGGCUCCCCAGAGGCACCUGCUUCCCCUGAAAGAGAGGAGGUCGCACUCUCAGAGUAUAAGACAGAAACCUACGAUGAGUACAAAGAUGAGACCACCAUUGAUGAUUCCAUCAUGGACGCUGACAGCCUCUGGGUUGACACUCAAGAUGAUGAUAGAAGCAUCAUGACAGAACAGUUAGAAACUAUUCCUAAAGAGGAGAAAGCUGAAAAGGAAGCUCGGAGAUCAUCUCUUGAGAAACAUAGAAAAGAAAAGCCUUUUAAAACCGGGAGAGGCAGAAUUUCCACUCCUGAAAGAAAAAUAGCUAAAAAGGAACCUAGCACAGUCUCCAGAGAUGAAGUGAGAAGGAAAAAAGCAGUAUAUAAGAAGGCUGAACUUGCUAAAAAAACAGAAGUUCAGGCCCACUCUCCUUCCAGGAAAUUCAUUUUAAAACCUGCUAUCAAAUAUACUAGACCAACUCAUCUCUCCUGUGUUAAGCGGAAAACGACAGCAGCAGGUGGUGAAUCGACUCAGGCUCCCAGUGUAUUUAAACAGGCGAAGGACAAAGUCUCGGAUGGAGUGAGCAAGAGCCCAGAAAAGCGCUCUUCUCUCCCAAGACCUUCUUCAAUUCUUCCUCCUCGCCGAGGUGUAUCAGGAGACAGAGAUGAGAAUUCCUUCUCUCUCAACAGUUCCAUCUCCUCUUCAGUACGGAGGACCACCAGGUCAGAGCCAAUUCGCAGAGCAGGGAAAAGUGGCACCUCAACACCCACUACCCCUGGGUCCACUGCCAUCACUCCUGGAACCCCACCAAGUUAUUCUUCACGUACUCCAGGCACUCCUGGAACCCCUAGUUAUCCUAGAACCCCUCACACACCAGGAACCCCCAAAUCGGCCAUCUUGGUGCCCAGUGAGAAGAAGGUUGCCAUCAUUCGUACUCCUCCAAAAUCUCCAGCUACUCCCAAGCAGCUGCGGCUCAUUAACCAACCACUGCCAGACCUGAAGAAUGUCAAGUCCAAAAUCGGAUCGACAGAAAACAUCAAAUAUCAGCCAAAAGGAGGACAGGUACAAAUUGUCACCAAGAAGAUUGACGUCAGCCAUGUGACAUCCAAAUGUGGCUCUCUGAAGAACAUCCGGCACAGGCCAGGUGGUGGACGUGUGAAAAUUGAGAGUGUAAAACUGGAUUUCAAAGAGAAGGCCCAAGCUAAAGUCGGAUCACUUGAUAAUGCUCAUCACGUUCCUGGAGGGGGCAAUGUCAAGAUUGACAGCCAGAAGUUGAACUUCAGAGAGCAUGCUAAGGCCCGUGUGGACCAUGGGGCUGAGAUCAUCACUCAGUCUCCCAGCAGAUCCAGUGUGGCGUCUCCCCGACGCCUCAGCAACGUCUCCUCCUCCGGAAGCAUCAACCUGCUCGAGUCUCCUCAGCUUGCCACUUUGGCGGAGGAUGUCACUGCUGCACUCGCUAAGCAGGGCUUGUGAAUAUUUCUCAUUUAGCACUGAAGUCGUAACAUUUAGGCAUGAGCUCUUCGCAGGAGUGGGCUCUGAGCAGGUAUUAUACUCAUUCUUUACAAACCAUAGAUAAAUAAUCUCAUCCCCAAAUUAUAGUCAUUGUUACGAUUUUAUAUAAAAAAAUGAAUAGUAUAUGCAGAAUUUGACCUGAUUUCCAUUUGCAACAGGAAGACACUGGCUUUCUAUGGGUAUAAUUGGACAAUUAUUUUCGCUCUGCUCUGUUUUGCAUGGAGUAUUAAUUUUAAAAAAAUGCAUUUUUACCUUUUAUGUGCCUGAAGGCUACCCACCACAUUCUGAAAGCCUUGUUAAAUUCAAAGCUGCUCAUUUUACUCUUCUGUUUCUGAGUGAAAAGAUUAAAAACUGCCCAUGGUAACUUAUUACAAGUUAAAUUAGAUAAAUGAGUCAGGUUGCAGAAGGGGAAAAUCAUGUAAGAAAUAAGUUUUUUAAGGUGUUAUUUUGUAUAAAUGGGAAGAAAGAUUCAAUUAAGUUAUUAACAUUUGGGACCUGGAUUAUUAUAUCAGAGUAUGUCAAUUCAAUAAAUUAUUUAACUAAUUAAAAAUAUUUGCAAAGCAUUUGAGCUACGGUUGAGGAAGUGACGUAAAAGUGUAUCUCUUAGAAACGAGACACUUUCAUUAGGAUGGACUUCUGUCUGAUUAGAAUGUCAGUUGAUCGGUUAGAUUUGUGUCCACACUACCAGUUCUAACAUCCCUCUCCAUCUGUUUGAUACAGUAUUAUAGAUAUAAAUAUAUAUAUAUUUCUCUGUGGCCAUUUGUGAUACUCCUCAUAUACUUGAAUAUUACAUUUCUUUAUUCACAGUAUCUGUGUCACCUGCACCCUUCGGUGUUGCAAUUUUAGGUGUGUGAAAGUAGAUGUUAGCAGGGUUCUCUCCCUGUUUUAAAAACACAUUUUAAAAAAAGCUUUAGCAUGAAGUUGCUUUCUGUACCAGCUCAAAGCUGUAACCCUGUUUUAGUGCCAGAUAAGUCUCUCCCGUAACGCUAGAAAAAUUAUUUUUCUUUGCUUUCACCAAUAUGGAGUUUGUGGGGAUGGGUCCAGUUAUACCUGAAAGGAUAUAGAGAUUGUUGGUUUAAGAUUUUUCACCAAGGAAUAGUUUGGGCUUUAUUCCAAUUCAUGAAACUGAUUUCUCAAGAUUUAUUUCAGUUUGAUUUUUUUCAUUUGCUAAAGUUGAAACUAACCAUUGUAUUUUGGGACUUAUUUUCCAAUUAUUUGAAAUAAUACCUAUUUACUAGAUGCUCCAAUACAAGUUGUUUGGCUUCCUUAUCCAAAGUGAACCCCUUGAUCAGAAACAUUCGAGACACAGAUAUCUAGGUCAGUUUUUCAAUAACUCCAAUACUGCAUUCUUAGUGUGAUUUGUCAGUAGAUAAUAUUAUUCUUAUUUUAUAUAUAAUCCAGAAUCACAAAUCAAUAAUUCAUUUCUCUCACACAUCCUUCAUCUUAGACUGCCAUAAUAACCAAACAAAUCAUCAGUGGCUUCAGUAAGGCGAAGAAUCACCAAACUGAACUGACACUUCUGAAUAUUUGAUUGUUCUUUUUCUUGCAUGGGGCUGGUAGGCUGAAUCUGAAAAGUUAUAAACACUUAAUACUUUGGGUGCUUGAUGUCAUUGAGCUAAGUUAUUUCCUGAAAAUAAAGAUAGAAAUGAUGACAUGGACUGAGGUAAUAAAAACGAAGAGGUAGUAUAGCUUCAUCCAAGACCUAAGGCUAAGAAUGUGAAGGCAAACAGACAUGGUACCAUUUUAUGACCACUUGGAUACCACAACCUGACCAUUAACUGCCACAAGAGAAAUCCUAGGAACAAACACCAUUCUUUCAUAUCUAAGAGAUUAACAUGGGAAAUGUGUCUUUAACCAUCUGUAAACACUAAUUUUUGAAAAAAAAAUUUAAGUAAGAGUGUAGAUGUUUCUGCUUUAUGCCUGAUAAAUACUGUGAGGUUUGAGUUGACCAAUCUGGGCAAUUUAUUCAUCAACUUCCCUUGAAAUGCACCAGAAAAUAGAAGGGGUAGUUGUGUGAAGAUCAGGUGUAUUUUCUUACAUGUUUUAAUGAAGUCAGAUCGUCAUGAUGUGAUCUAGAAAGAAGUCAGAUGGUGGCUACAACAGUUUUAACCUUUGGAACAAGUUUUGUUUUGCUUUGUUUUGUUUUUUAAUAUUUUUU